ACAUCCAGGUCAGCCAUAUUUCCGUCUCUGAGCGUCUGUGUGAAGGAGAGAGGAUGAAGGGGUUUCGGGGAAUCACUCAGCUCUCGACGAGGCUCUAUGCUGCCCAGGCCGCCCGUAAGUGCGAGGUGGCCGAACCCACCAGGUUCCAUCCACAGGAGGUGCAGGUGAGCAAGCUGCCCAGCGGGUUGGUGAUCGCGUCCCUGGAGAACUAUUCCCCGGCCUCGCGGAUCGGCGUGCUGGUGAGGGCCGGGAGUCGGUACGAGCCGCUGGACAGCCUGGGCGUGACGCACGUGCUCCGCCUGGCGGGGGGUCUGACCACCAAGGGCGCCUCGGCGUUCAGGAUCUGCCGUGGCAUCGAGGCGGUGGGGGGCGGCCUCGGCGUGUCCACGUCUCGGGAGGCCAUGGUCUACACGGUGGACUGUUUGCGUGAUCACAUUGACACGGUGAUGGAGUAUCUGAUCAACGUCACCACCGCUCCGGAGUUUCGGCCGUGGGAGCUGCCUGAAAUCGCCCCCCGGGUGAAGGUGGACCUCGCUCUGGCCCAGCAGAACCCACAGAUCGGUGUUCUGGAGAACCUGCACGCUGCUGCUUACAAGAACGCCCUGUCCAACUCCGUCUACUGCCCCCAGCACAUGAUCGGCAAGAUCACCUCCGACCAGAUGCACGCCUUCGUUCAGAACAACUUCACAAGUGCAAGAAUGGCUCUCGUUGGAUUAGGUGUGGAUCAUGAUGUUCUAAAGCAAGUAGGAGAACAGUUCCUCAACAUCCGCAGUGGAACUGGAGCUGUGGGGGCGAAGGCUCUGUACCGUGGAGGUGAGCUGCGGGCUCAGACAGGAGGGAGUCUGGUACACUCGGUGGUGGUGAGUGAGGGUGCAGCUCUGAGCUCUGCUGAGGCCCCGGCGUUCAGUGUCCUGCAGCACGUUCUGGGGGCCGGGCCCCGCAUCAAGAGAGGCUCCAACACCACCAAUAAACUGCACCAGGCCGUCUCCAAGGCAACCGCACACCCCUUUGACGUUUCUGCGUUUAACAGCAGUUAUUCAGACUCCGGGCUGUUUGGUGUGUACAGCGUCGCUCAGGCUGAUUCAGCUAAAGAUGUGAUCAAGGCUGCUGUUGGUCAGGUCGGCGCUAUUGCACAAGGAAAUCUGACUGAAGCUGAUCUCAGCAGAGCAAAGACUCAGCUGAAGGCGGAGUACCUCAUGUCUGUCGAGACCUCGGAGGGUCUGUUCGAGGCGAUCGGAGUGCAAGCGCUGACCGAGGGAACGUACCAAACUCCAGAGGCACUCGGCAAGAAAAUCGACGCCGUCACAUCGAGCGACGUCAUAAAUGCGGCGAAGAAGUUCGUGUCGGGGAAGAAGACGAUGGCGUCCAGUGGACACCUGGUGAACACGCCGUUUGUGGAUGAGAUCUGAAUCUGAAGUGUGCUCGUUUAUUUACACGUGGACUCUGUCCUCAUCAGUUAAAUCAGUGGAAAUGAGGUUCCGAUUCCUCUCACUCGUCUGUGUUUGAGAUCAUUUGUGGUGAAAUAUGAGACCUACAGCAGGAUUCACACUUUUGAAAUGUAUAGCAAAUGUAAACUUAUGAAUAAAAUAUAUUCAUUCCCAAAA